CAGAGACAGGAGGCGAGGGAUUCAUUUCAUGCAGAUUUUGUACAUCUGAAGUCUGGUGCUGGCAAAAAGCAUUUCAGGGCCUUUUGAGGAAAUCAUCAACAAUGUGGACUGCAGCUCUGGUUCUUUGUUUGGGAAAUAUUCUCAUCAGAGUCGAGGCUAGUGAUCAGCAUUCAGAACCAUUCGCUGUAAUUGAGCUCUCUGAAACGGCCUCCCCUGGUCUUCUAAUACUGGAAAAACAGAAAUCCAACAGCUCAAUUCAUCCAACCCGAGUAGCAGGACCAAAAACAUCACACCCUCCUAUGUGCUCGGAGUCGGCUGGAAUCAGAGAUGCCUUCAAAUAUGUCAAUACUGUGGUUUCUCUUGUUGUUUUCGUUGUUGGCAUACUGGGGAAUUCAGCCUUACUGAAGAUCAUAUAUGUAAACAAAUGCAUGAGAAGUGGACCAAACAUUCUCAUUGCGAGCCUUGCUUUGGGGGAUUUAAUCCACAUCGUGAUAGACAUCCCGAUCAAUGCAUACAGGCUCAUGGCAGAAGAUUGGCCAUUCGGAGUGGUGCUGUGCAAACUCGUCCCCUUCCUACAGAAAACCUCUGUUGGAAUUACCGUGUUGAGUUUAUGUGCUCUGAGUGUUGACAGAUAUCGAGCUGUAGUAUCCUGGAAUCGAAUCAAAGGCAUCGGGGUUUCAGCGUGGACAGCAAUCGAAAUAGCUCUGAUAUGGGUUAUUUCUAUCCUGCUGGCUGUGCCUGAAGUUGUCGGCUUUGAUAUGAUAACAAUGGACUAUAAAGACAGGCAUCUGAGAAUAUGUCUGCUUCAUCCCAUGCAAACCGCACAGUUCAUGCAGUUUUAUAAAUCAGCAAAGGACUGGUGGCUCUUUGGCUUCUACUUCUGCAUGCCACUGGCUUGGACCGCCAUCUUCUACACGCUCAUGACCAGGAAAAUGCUGAGGAACACUGAGAACAUGCUCAGCGACCACACCAAGCAGAGGCGAGAGGUGGCGAAAACGGUCUUCUGCCUGGUGAUUGUGUUUGCGCUCUGCUGGUUGCCUCUGUAUCUGAGCAGGAUCUUGAAAUUAACCAUGUAUGAUGAGAAAGAUCCUAAUAGGUGCCAGCUACUGAGUGCUUUUCUCAUCCUGGACUAUUUUGGCAUUAAUAUGGCAUCACUCAACUCGUGCGUCAACCCGAUCGCAUUGUACGUGGUCAGCAAAAGAUUUAAAAGAUGCUUCAAGGCAUGUCUGUGCAGUUGGCGUCUACCUCUUCAAGGCGGCGUCACCCAUGACGACGCACAGUCUGUUUUGAAGUCCAGAAUGCAGGAUCAAGCCUCGGAGCAGAGCUGCAACAUCAGAGCUCACAAGCAGAGUUCCACACCUCCACCUGAGCAGGAGAACACCUUGCCGUGUUAG